AUAGCCGCCUUAUAUCGCCUCGCAUCCAAUGUUUACUUGGCUAUAGCGGUGCUGUUCGCGCCUUGGUGUUUUGUUCUGAUCCAAAAUUUCACACUCAUCUUGAUAAACCAUUUCAAAAGGACCAAUCUGCAAAGCCUCUCUUUGUAUUGCCGGGCUACUAUAAAUUUGAACGAUAAUCACAAUAUACGCCUUUUGAUGUACAGCCGAAAUUUUCCUGUGACUAUCGAAAUAAUGAGAAAGAGCAUGAGAUUCUUGUUUUUUUUUUGCAAAUUGGACCUAAUGAAAUGUUUAGCAAACAGAGUGUCGAUGAGCGUCGGGGCUUGGUAACACUUUCGUUGUUAGUCGUGCUUCGAGGUCGUUAUCGUAUACAUCUUUUCUGUUGAAUGAAAAUUAUUUCAGUGACAUUAAAGUGGCAUUUUGGUGUUAAUAAAACAUAAUUGGGCUGAGUAUUUUCUAUAUAUUGACCGGUAAUAAAACAUCGAACAUCCAAACUUUGGCGUCACAUUAUUAAAGGCGUUAAAACUUUUUGCGGAUAGUUGACAUCGCAAUAAUUACUCCUUAUUUGUAGUUUAAACUACACAAACAUGCGCUCCCUGAUUGUAGUUCUUGCUUUUGGGAUGUGUCUUUGUUUGGGCGAAGACGAUAAUACAGUUGUCGAUUACCGCUUCCGGAACCUCACCGAAUUUAAUGUUGCCAAUUUGCCGCAUCCUGUAUCCGACAUAGCAUAUCUGUCACUGCAAGGAAACAACCUUGACGCAUUUCCUAGUGACAUUUCCGAACUGUCGAGCCUGGAAAGGUUGAUUCUGUCAGAGAAUCCCCAAUUGACAUUCCCAUCUGACGGAUCUCCUUUCCUGAUAUCUAGGAGCCUAAUCGACCUGGUUUGUGAAAGCUGCGAUAUAAAGACGAUUUACACUCGCUCGUUGCGAAGAUUGCCUCUGUUGGAGACACUCCUUUUGCCAAACAACGCAAUCCAGAUGAUCGAGAAGCGUGCCUUCCGGAACAACCCUAACAUGUGGAUGAUGGACCUCACCCAAAAUAAGCUGACGAGCCUGCCGACCACAAUACUGGUUGGUCUGCACAAUAUGAAGAAGCUUGAUCUGAGCAGUAACCGAGAUCUUGCGCCGCAAAAAGGCCAACCAUUUCUGGUGAGCAACUCGCUGGAAAUUCUGAAAUGCAACAAUUGUGGGUUCAGCACUACGCAAAUGGUAACAUUCUCUAAACUGCCCAAUCUCAAAAAACUGCACCUCGCAGAUAAUAGACUUCUGGUGGCGCCAUGCUUGCUUCCAUCUCUGACAACUUUGGGAGCUUAUUCGAAGAAAAUAUUCACUGAUUAUCAACGUUGUUUGAAGAAAAAAUUUCAUUUUGUUAUAAUUCAAAAUUAGUACGCUUCUAGACCAUUUGGGAAUGUUUAAGAUCUGUUAUUGUUGAAAAGUCGAAUCAAUAUUCGCAGUUCACAUACUUUUGAAUUCUGCUCGAGAUUAUCAAUAAUAUUGUAAAGCUCUACAAAAAUUAUUCCAAAAAUGAAAGCAUUCCAAAAAUUUAAGAAUUUCUCCAUACUAAAUGAGCAACAUUUUUCGAAACACACAAGGAAGUUUGCCAAGAAUUUCGCAUAGAGUUCAGCUUAAACUGACUAUCAAAUAUUCAACAUGUUUUCAGUAGACUGCAAAUGUCAUUGUGACUUAUCUGGAUUCAAUCGCUCUCAGCUCAUUUCAGAAACUGAAGCUGGAAUAUCCACACCAGUUGUCACCUGACUAUUUUAAAGAAAACUUCAACAAUUGUCUCUUCUACGUUGUAGUUAGUUCAUCAAAAAUCUUACACAAAAACCAAUAAAUAACUUCAAAAACUA